AUGUCUUCGCGCGGUCUCCCUGACGUGUUGAUGCAGAAAGUCGACGACUAUGUCGAUUCGCUGGCACCCCAGAUCCAGCCCCGCAUCGCCUCCGAACUUGAGACCUUCCAACAAAAGACCAUCGACAGUCUCGAGACGCAAGUCAUAGACGCGUUCAGAUCACUGUUCAACAAAGACAGGCCGUCCUCAUCAGAUGGCAGCCGCUCUGGUCCCUGGAAUCUCAAUGACGCAGCACCUGAUUCUUAUGGUGGCCAGUCACUGCCCUUUGCGGAUGAGAUUUCCAAAUUGACUCGAAGCUUCGGACAGAUCUCUGAUGAAGCGAAUGGAGAUUUGCGCGACAUUUUUAAUCUUACUUCUGGAAAUAGAGGCGGUGUAGAGCAGUCUCGAUCUGUAGAUGGAGAUUUUGCAUCUGGAGCUAGAGGGUUCCUUUCUUCAGCACUCAAUGUUGUUCAAGAUCAUUUCGAUGACGAGAGAGGAUCAAAAGAUGGCCAGUCCUUUGAGAUUGGGGGACUACUCGGGAUGAUCAGUAGCACGAUCAAAGAUGCAUCACAAAAUCCCGAAGAGAAGGCGAGGCUCAUCAGUCCAGAGAUCAAGCAAACAGUAGGCGACAAGCUACGCGAGCAGCAUGCACCCCUCGCUGAACAAUUCACCCGGAUAGCUCUGGAUCACAUCAAGCGCUGGCUUCGUGGAAACACAAGCACACGCGACCUUGGCGACGGCGCCAAGGCUGAGAUUGCUGAACAAGUAGGUGACCUAGUAAAGGGCCUUGGAAACUUAUUCGGAAGCAAAAAGAGCAGCCAGGAAGAAUCUUCCAGAGGCUUUGAUGGCUCUAGCCGGGAUGGCGAGAGUGGCAGUGGAAGCGGCUUCUCUCGAGUCAUCAGCGACAAGCUCAGCACCGGUCUCGCAAAGGUUCACCGAGAGGUCCGCCUGGAAUUUCGCAAGAUCCUCGGACAAAUUGAGAAGCAACUAUUUGAACUGCUACCUGAUCAAUUCCAACGGCCACUAGAAAAGAUACUUGGUGGUAAUCCGUUCGAUUCACAGCUAGACCGCGAUGCGUCAGGCAAUGCUGACCGCGGCUUUGGCGAUGACAUCAAGUCCAAGUUGCUCGGCAAGAUUCGUGCUUUAGUUCAGAAGGUUCAGGAGACAUUGCGAGAGAGCAUCUUAGGUGUAGUCAAUGGUGGACACCGCAAGUUUGAGCGCCAAAGCUGGGUCUUUGUGCAGGGUAUGGUGGAACAGAAGGUCCAGAGAUAUCUACCUGACGUUAAGAUCAAUGUUCCGGACGAUAUCGGAAACGAAAAUGUGAGUGUCGGAUCACCGACUGCGAACACGCAGAUGGGAGGAUACCAGCCUCCACCACAGCCACCCCAAGGCGACCAUCGUCCUGGCCCUCCCCAAGGUGGUUAUGGUGAACAAGGGCACGCGCCGCAAGGAUACGACAACCCACCGCAGUACCAGAACUACAAUCAAUACCGAGAGGAGCCGAGACAGGAAUACCAAGAUCACCGGGCCCCACAAUACCCACCACCUCAAGACUAUCGAUCUGAGCAUCACGCACCGUCUCAUCAAGACUAUGCACCUCAACAGUAUCAGCAAUCUCAGAACUAUCGACCUGAGCAUCAUGCAACCCCUCCACAGGGCUAUGACAGCCAAGGCCCUCCAACCUAUCGGUCUGAGCAGUACCCACCGCCCCAACAAGGCUAUCAACAGCAAAGCUAUCCUCCACAGAAUCAACAAGACUUUCCUCAUCUGGAGUAUCGCGACGGCGAGUACCGUAGGCCGAAUUAUUAG